AAAUCGCACAGCCACACCAGUACCACCACUCCCUAUUAGAUCAUCUGUCAGUGUGUGGCCUCACUCCCCGAUCCCUCGCCACAGCACAGGUACCUCGUGAGCCCAGUGGAGUCCGCCGCUCGCCACGCUCCACCUCCUCACCGCGCAAUGGCGAUGACCUCCAUCGCCUCCCCGUCGUCCAAGACCCUGAUCCCCCCGCGCCACCACGCCGCCUCCCCGUCCACCUCCGGCGACUCCCUCCGCCUCCGCCGCGCGCCGCCGCGCCACGGCAGGCGGUCCCGCGGGUUGGCUUCCUCAUUGGCGCCGGCGCGGCGGCCUUUCGUCUUCUCCCCGCGCGCGGUGUCCGACUCCAAGAGCUCCCAGACCUGCCUCGACCCCGACGCCAGCACGAGUGUUCUUGGAAUCAUUCUUGGAGGUGGUGCCGGGACUAGAUUGUAUCCCCUGACGAAGAAGCGUGCCAAGCCUGCAGUGCCAUUGGGUGCUAACUACAGGCUUAUUGAUAUCCCUGUCAGCAAUUGUCUGAACAGCAACAUAUCGAAGAUCUAUGUGCUGACUCAAUUCAACUCCGCUUCUCUCAACCGUCACCUCUCAAGAGCUUAUGGGAGCAACAUCGGAGGCUACAAGAAUGAAGGAUUUGUCGAAGUCCUUGCUGCACAACAGAGCCCAGAUAAUCCUAACUGGUUUCAGGGUACUGCAGACGCUGUAAGGCAGUACUUGUGGCUAUUCGAGGAGCAUAAUGUGAUGGAGUUUCUAAUUCUUGCUGGUGAUCACCUGUACCGGAUGGACUAUGAAAAGUUUAUUCAGGCACACAGAGAAACGGAUGCUGAUAUUACUGUUGCCGCCCUACCGAUGGAUGAGAAACGUGCAACUGCAUUUGGCCUUAUGAAAAUUGACGAAGAAGGGAGGAUAAUUGAGUUUGCGGAGAAACCAAAAGGAGAGCAGUUAAAAGCAAUGAGUGUUGACACCACCAUACUUGGCCUUGAUGAUGUGAGGGCAAAGGAGAUGCCUUAUAUUGCUAGCAUGGGUAUCUAUGUUUUUAGCAAAGAUGUAAUGCUUCAGCUCCUCCGCGAACAAUUUCCUGGGGCUAAUGACUUCGGAAGUGAGGUUAUUCCAGGCGCAACAAGCAUUGGAAAGAGGGUGCAAGCUUACUUGUACGAUGGUUACUGGGAAGAUAUUGGUACCAUUGAGGCAUUCUAUAACGCAAAUUUGGGAAUAACGAAGAAGCCAAUACCGGAUUUCAGCUUCUAUGACCGUUCUGCUCCAAUUUAUACACAACCUCGACACUUGCCACCUUCGAAGGUUCUUGAUGCUGAUGUGACAGACAGUGUUAUUGGUGAAGGGUGUGUUAUUAAAAACUGCAAGAUACACCAUUCAGUGGUUGGACUCAGGUCUUGCAUAUCUGAAGGUGCAAUCAUAGAGGAUACUUUACUAAUGGGUGCUGACUAUUAUGAGACUGAAGCAGACAAGAAACUCCUAGCUGAAAAAGGUGACAUUCCCAUUGGUAUUGGGAAGAAUUCACACAUUAGAAGAGCUAUCAUUGACAAGAAUGCUCGAAUUGGAGACAAUGUGAAGAUAAUAAAUGUCGACAAUGUUCUAGAAGCCGCAAGGGAGACGGAUGGAUAUUUCAUCAAAAGUGGAAUCGUCACUGUGGUUAAGGAUGCUUUACUCCCUAGUGGCACCGUUAUAUGAAGUCGGUGGAGUGUCAUUGACGAGCAUCGGCACCGGGUUACAUGCUUAAUCUGCUGAUCAUCAGCGUGUUGGAGAUCAUGAAAGCAAUAAAAGAAGUGCAAUUCAAGGCACCUUUUUUUUGUUCUUUUCCUCAAUGUUGUAGGAUAUAAUGUCGUAGUGGCAACUGUUCGGAAUCAAAAAUACCUGCUUGGAUUUUGGAUACUUCGUCGGCUUGUGUAAUUAUAAUCAAUUUAUCAUCCUA